CUGACUUUUUUCCCGAAAGGUUCCACCUCACAUACCUUGAACUAUUUCUGUUCCUUUAAGGCACACUGUGUGAAGAUGAGGUGUGGCAGGUAACUGUGCAAGAGAGUUUGGUGCACUGUGAGGAAAGCUGCCUCCAUGGCCAGCUUAUGUUUCUCCACUUUCUUCAGCGUGCACAAAGUGGCACGAAGACUGAGGCCUACAGAAUAAACAACCUUGAUGGAAUUAAAGGAAUGAAAAGGAAAUAUAGGCUUAAGUGAGACAGUAUUAAAAGUGAGCCUCUGACCAUCUCAACGCAUCAGCCAUGGCAUCCAAUUCUACAUUAAACCACACAAGCACUAACACUUCGAUCACUGUAGCUUCAACUUCCAUUGCUCUCACUGUCACCAAAGUAACUACCAGCCCCUCCAACUCCACCACUGCAGCUCCUGGCUUUUGGCCCUCUCUGCUAGACAAGAUUCCAUUGCCAAGAUGGGCCAUCUAUGCUAUCAUUGCCCUCAUCCUCCUGGUGAUAUUAAUUUGUGUGCUGUGCUGCUGUGUAAAGUGCUGCUGCAAAGGGAAAAAGAAGAAGAAAAAGAAGCCAGAUCAGAAGAUCAACCUGAAGGGGCUAAAUGGAAGCACUACAACAGCACUGGUGCAGCCUGAGACAGAGGAUGCAGAGUAUGGAUCAGUUGACGAGAGGAGAGGGAAACUACUUUAUUCCCUAGAGUACAAUACAGCACGCUCAGAGAUGACUGUUGGAAUAAAGGAGGCUGCAGAGUUAAAGGCUAUGGACCAUGGAGGAACAUCUGACCCUUAUGUAAAAGUUUACAUCCUACCCUACAAGUCCAAAACCUUUGAGACCAAAGUGUUCAGAAAAACUCUCAACCCAGUGUUCAAUGAACACUUUAAAUAUCAGAUGAGUCAAAAGGAGCUCAGUGAGUCUACACUCGUGAUGCAGGUCUACGAUUUCAAUAGAUUCUCCAAGCAUGAUGUGAUUGGUGAGCUGAGGCUUGAGCUUUCUGCUGUGGACUGGAACCAUGUGAUCGAGGAGUGGAAAGACCUGAGCGAGCCCUCAAAAAAUGAGCAAGAGCAUCUGGGAGAGAUUUGUUUCUCUCUGCGAUACGUUCCUACUGCAAGUAAGCUCACUGUAGUGAUUCUAGAGGCAAAGAACUUGAAGGAAAUGGACCAUGGGGGAUCUUCAGACCCAUAUGUUAAAGUCCAGUUGAUUCUGGAUAAGAAGAAGUGGAAGAAAAGGAAGACAACAGUGAAGAAGCAGACACUGAAUCCUUAUUUCAAUGAAUCGUUUACCUUUGAGGUGUCCUUUGAACAAAUUCAGAAAGUGCAGCUGGUAAUCUCUGUGUGGGACCACGACAAAAUGAGCAGGAAUGACGCCAUUGGGAAGAUUUUCUUAGGCUGCGAUGCUACGGGUAAUCAGCUGCGCCACUGGGCGGACAUGCUGUCAAACCCACGUAGGCCAAUGGCUCAGUGGCAUACACUGCUCUCAGCUGAUCAGGUGGACUCAACACUGGCCUUAAGACGCACAUUGAAAAUUCCAUUCAUCAAUAAGACUUUCUGAAAGUGCUGCACUACAGUACUGCGCUUCUCCAGUCUUCAGCUUGCUGAGCAGUGCUCUGUUGCCACUUUUUUAAAACUUGUUACAAAUGUGCAAUUUCUCUAAUACAUAUCAGAAGCAGUCUUGUCUUGACUGCUUUUGACUAGUGUAAAUUAUCAUGUAAUUAACAAAUAAGAAGGAACAAAUAAGACUACG